AGGCGGCGAAGAUGAAGAGGUUGGAGGAGGAGAUGAAGAGGGUACAACAGGAGGAGGAAGAAAGAAGGAAGGCUGCUGAAGCAGAAGCGGCAACAAAAGAAGAGAAAGAGAGAAUGAGAAUUGAGAGUGGAGAAGGGAGCAGUGGUGGCACGAUGAAGUGGGAGACAGAUACUGAGCUGGAGAAGAAGAUCAGCGAGUGGGUCACUAAUUUAUCGUUGGGGGAAGACGAGGAGGCGGAGUCCUAUGUGACUAAGGAUGAGAAGGCUGUGCUGGCCGCUGAGCUAGCAGCCAUGACAGACCCAAUGGAACGAAGAGUGAGGGAAGACGAGCAAAAGUUAGCAUGGAAGUUGAGAAUGAAGAGGGAGAAGAAGAGGAGGAGAGAGGAAGUGAAUAAGAUGACCGCAACGGUGGCAAAGGUGCAGGAGUGUAGAGCGGAGUUGCUGGCCCAACCAGAUGAUAAGGCCAAGUGGGACAAGGUACUGGGCGAUCUAGAGGUGUUGAGCAAGGCCUGGAUGGAGGAGCGCCAGGCAAGUUGGAGCCAAGAUGUAGCCUUGAGUGCCAUGUGGUCAGGGUUUAGGGGCUUUGCGCGCGAGAUCGUCACCCAUAUUGGGGGCGAAGUCUUGGAGAAGCUUAGAGAGGCUAACUUCAAGAUCAACGCGAAGAAGUGCGAGUGGGCCAAGAUGCAAGUUGUGUACUUGGGCCACGUAUUAGACGGAGAUGGCAUCAAGCGAGAGGACAGCAAGAUCGCGGCGAUUAGAGAUUGGCCGACGCCCCGCACAYUGACAGAGUUGCGGUCGUUCCUAGGCUUAGCUAACUACUAUAGGAAGUUUGUGAGGAACUUCUCCACUAUCGCCGCUCCCUUGCGCCGAUUGCUGAAGAAAGAGGCAAUCUGGCAAUGGGACAAAGACUGUACGUCUGCACUCAAGAAGCUAAAGCGUGCGUUAAUAGAAUAUCCUGUCCUCAAAGUUGCAGAUCCGUCUUUGCCAUUUGUCGUCACCACGGACGCGAGUCAGUAUGGGAUAGGCGCCGUGUUGCAGCAAGAUGACGGCAAUGGCUAUAGACCCGUAGAGUUCAUGUCAGCGAGGAUGCCCUGUGAGAAGGUCGCUACCUCCACGUACGAGAGAGAGCUCUACGCUCUCAGGCAGGCUUUAGACCAUUGGAAGCACUAUAUGCUUGGGAGGCACUUCAAAGUGUAUUCUGACCAUGAGACACUUCGUUGGCUAAAGACCCAGGCCAAGAUGACACCUAAGUUGGCUAGGUGGGCCGCAGAGAUAGACCAAUUCGACUUUGAGCUCAAGCCAGUGAAGGGCAAGUACAACGUAGUUGCGGAUGCUCUGAGUAGGAGAUCACACUACUUUGGGGCUGUAGUACACUAUCUGGAUAUAGGGAGAGACCUGCAGGAGAAAGGAUGAAGAAUGACUGCAUAGAGUAUGUCCGUAGUUGUAAAGUGUGCCAGAGGAAUAAGUCUACUACACGCGCGCCCUUAGGUCUUCUCAGGCCCUUGCCUAUUCCGGAUCAGUCGGGAGACUUCGUGUCCAUAGACUUCAUGGACACCCAAGUCAAGAGUAGACAUGGUAAAAGCCAAGUCAUGGUCGUAGUUGACUGUUUUAGUAAAUAUGCAGUUUUCGU